AUGUCUAUGGAUAUGGCGAUGCCGUCGUCCUCGUCAGCAGAGGCUGCUGCUCUCUACCAGACCACCAAGGAGCUCAUCUCGGAACAUGCGUUCAAGAUUGUCGUCUGGGUUGGAGUCGGCAUCUGUAUAGCCACAUGUAUCUUGCGAUUUUGGAUCAGAUUCAUGUGCUUCCGACGCCUGUUCGUAGAAGACUAUCUCAUGGUCGGGGCGGUGGCUGUCCUCAUUGCGAUUUCCGCCGUUCUACAGGUCUACUUAGGGGAUCUAUAUGCGCUUCUCCACGUACAGAACAUGCUGGCGGCUCCUGGGCCGGACUUUAUGAACCAAAUGGCUCGCGGACUCAAAGGAGACGCAAUCGCGAUCGUCCUGAGCAUCAUCGGCUUGUGGAUGAUCAAGCUGAAUUUCCUCCUUUUCUUCUACCGCAUCGGGUACCAGAUCAAGGCCUACUUCAUCACCUGGUGGGUGGCACUGGUCGUGGUGAUGGCUUGUGGAGUGAUCAACCUGGGAAUGGUUCCCUACGAUUGCAUGCUGGGUAGCACCAUGCACAUCACCGUGACCUGCGCAAUGGAGUCGAGGGUGCAGAAAAUCUACACCCUCUACAUUGUCUCGGUUGUUAUCGACGUGCUCUCUGAUCUGAUCAUCAUGGCUUUCCCGAUCUUGAUCGUCUGGAAGACUGGCUUGAACUGGCGCCAGAAGCUCGUUCUUUCCAGCGUCUUCCUGCUCGUGGGCUUCACCAUUGGUGUGACCAUCGUCCGCGGCAGCAUCUUCGGUGGCGUGUACAAGUCCGUCACGCAGACUAACCGCCAAGUCAUUGACUCUUCUUGGAUGCUGUUCUGGUGGUACAUCGAGUUCGUCGUCUCAUUUAUCAUCGCCUGCUUCAUCUCCUUCCGCUCGCUCUGGUCCAGCAAGCGCGACGAGAGCAAUGCCAACUACCGCCAGCAGCUCGCCGAAAAGCAGCGCAUCAUGGACCUCAACAGCCCCCGGCCGUCCGGCUCACACGGCAGCGGCAACAGCAGCACAAAGAGCAAGUGGAGGAAGUUCCAGGACGACUUGCUGACCACCUUCGCCGAUCUCGAAGGCACCACCAUCAACAGCAACGACUCCUUCCUCCACCUACAGCCGCACCUAGCAACGAUGGAUCUCGACUUCUCUACCUUCGGGAGAAACCCCAGCGUCAGCUCCACCAGCGAGAUCACAAGGAAGGACUCUGCAAAUGCGUCUACGCUAGGACCAAAGUCGCCCCCAAUGGCAUAUUCACCUUCGAUGGCUCCCAGUUCGCCUCCGCUGCAUUAG